GUUCCAGUUGUCGACUCCUGGAUUUCCCUCCCAGCUAUGGUCUUCCUUUCGACAAGCUGCCUCAUCUCUUGUCAACACCUUCAGUGUUUUGAUGCCUGAGAUUGAUACGAAGUAUCCCUUAGUUGAUACAUCUUUGCCCGAAGAUGUCGUCAUGCCGACGCCACCGAAUUUAUUAUACCUGUCUCGAAAUGAUUCAGAGCCAUUAAUCUCGAGCCAUCGACAAACACCACCUUCUCCGUUGCUUCCUUCAUCCAGCUGCGCUGAUUCGAUAGAUUCUACACCUUAUUUGGCCGCCCAUCAAAGGGCUGCAGAAACAACUUGCAGUCUUGUCCCAGGAUUCGACACGGCUGUAAAGCGUGUGCCUCUCGAGUAUGGAAUCAAAUCUACAGUUUUGAUUGGUAAUCCAAAGGGAGCCCCAGCAUCGAAUGUUGCUGUUCAUUCAGAACGUGAAAAGGGUCUGGUUGGUUUCAAAGAACCAGAACUGAAAGGAAGAUGUAGCAGGGCCCAAGAAUAUUCCCCCUUCUGGGAG